AUGGCAGGCGCUCCGGCGGGCGAGCCGAUCGCCGUGGGCGAGCAGCUGAUGCAGCUUGACCAGGCCAUCACUCUUACACUGCAGGAGAUUGACGAGAACUUUUCACAGGCGCACCAAGUAAUCACGUCGCGGAUCCUCCCCGCGAUCCGCGAGUACGAAGCGUCGUGCGCCAAGACGUGGGUCGGCGCGCGCUUUUGGAAGCAGUUCUUUGAGGCCUCGGCGCAGGUCUCGCUGUCGCAGCAGCCGCUGGACGAGGUGGAAGAGUACGUGGAAGAGCCACAAGACGAAUCCGUGCACGAUACACACGUCGAGGCCGACGACGACGACAGCGCACAAGACAGCCAUCCGAUGCAGACGCCGCCGCGCCUCAGCUACAGCAUUUACGCGCCGAACGAGGAUUCGUCGCCCGUGCCUGCGCCUGAACUCGAGUCGCCGUUUCAGCGGCUCAAGCGCGAUGUCGAGCGCAGCCGGAUCGAAGACGAGACGCAGCGUAUGCAUGCCAGCGACCUGUCUGUAUCCAUGGCCAACGACCCAUCCGUUGCGCUGAGCGAGGUGCCGACGUCGUCGAGCCCCCUCAAGUGGCGGCACCCAUCGGAUCCUGCGCGGACACGCCGGCGCUCCUCGGCGCGUCCGCGCGUGAGUAUCGUCGGCGGCGAACAGACCAUCAAUCCCUUUGCCCCCGAUGAGAAGCGCGACUGGAACGGCAUUGCGGACCUGCGCAAGACGCCGCUGCGCAACGCGCACACCUACCAUGUCAGCCGGGCGGCGGGCGAUGACGAGUCGCUGCCCGAAGGCAUGUCGCCGCCCGCUGCGGCGUCCUACUCGAUGCCGAAGCAAAAGUACCGGCAGACACCUGCGAAAGAGGCCGCGCGGCUCGUGGUCGACGACGUGCUGCGCUCCGUGCACGACGAGGUGCCGUCCCAGCCGACGCCAGCGCGCUCUGGGCGGCGCAAGAGCGUUGUUGGGACGCCGCUUACGAAGCGCACGCCCGGGCGCAGCCGGCGCGACUCGCUGCCGACCCCCCCCACGAUCACCAAGUCGGUGCGCCCGGGCGCAGAGGGAGAGCUGCCCGGUAUGCUCGACAAGAUGCUGGACCUCGAGGAGAACGAGUCGGAGUCCGACUCAAACGAGUCCGACGAAGACAUGGCGAGUGCGCCGAUGCCAAACACCUCUGCGCAGCAAUCCGGCAACAGCCGUUCGAUUGACGACGAUACCUUGUUUGGCCUCGCGCGACGCACGCCCAGCGAGCGUGCAGAGGCGAACCGCUCGCUGUCUGGUGCGGUGCGGCGCACCAGCGAGGAGCUGCGUCUGCUAGGGCAGGUGGAUGCGAUGGGCACCGUGCACCGCGGCCGGUCGCUUACCGAGCGCGACGAUACCUAUUCGCAGCCGAGUCCGACGCCCUAUGGAAAGUAG